CUUAUCUGACUGAACGUGAUAUAAUCUCAACAUUAAUUUAUAUCUCAAGUAUGAAUAUCAACAAGGAUGUUAUUCAUGAUUUGUACAACACUUUGCUGAAACUACGGUAUCCUGAAGUUGCUCAAACAUCCAUCGAUGAAUUUGAAAGUAAUAUUCUCACUGGUACUAAGAGACUAGAUUUUCUAUCUUGGGUACUUCAGGAAGGUUCAAGUAAAAAUACGGAACUUCUCAGUAAAUUUAAAGACAAUUCUUUAAGCAAUAAACUUGUGAAAUGCUUCACUCAUAUUGGACUGUGCACUGAUGAAAAUAUUAUAUUAGGGAAAUGUGACAUCAACAAACAAAUACAUUUUCUGUCUCUUUUGACUCUAUUUAUUAACAACGUUCAUUUGCCGGAUUCUCCAUCUCCAACAAAUCAUUUAAAUGCUAAUAGUAUUUCAGAAGUGAUUGUCAAUGAAGGGACAACGUUAUCCAAUCUACCAAUCAAUGUCACUUGUAGAAACAACAUCGAUGCGAGCUGGAAUGAAGACAGAUUUUCGGAGUUAACGAAAAAUACAAACGUCAAGUUAUGUUCUGACUUAAGUUUUAUAGAUGUGCUGUGUUUGAACAUUAAGAAAAAAGUCAAUGACCUUGAUUGUGACAAAGAUUUAAAAAAUUGGAUUCCUGUACUACAAGAAUUUAAUUCUGCUUUCAAAGACAUUAUGACGACUCCAAUUCCAGAUUCUAAUUGUAAUGCAUUUUCGCACUACAAGGAAUUCAGUACCGAUAUUCAGAAGGCAUAUUCUUUGUUUUCAACUUUUAAAAAGACGUUAGUUAUUGAGUCUCAAAUAAAAAAUGGACUUCUCAUAGACAAAUCAGUUAAAAGUAACAAGUGCAUAAGUGAAGUAUUACAAAACAGCCUUGUUUUGAUUGAACAAGCUUAUAACGCGUUGAAUGAUAAAAUUUGUUAA